AUGAGGGGACAUUUCUCCAUUGAGUGGCUGGCCCAGAGUAGUCGGGCAUCGGGCAGCACGAGCCCUUCACCUCCCUCCUCUUCCUGGACAUCCGUUGCGGCUGGACCCACCAGCACCUCUGGGACCCACCCUGAGAGCUUGCCUGGGUUCUACUGCCGACCGAGACCUAAGAAUAAAGAGAACCAGACAGAGAACAAGGUGAGGAGAGGACAUGGGCUGAUCCUACGCAGCAAUCCCAGCCUGGCAGGCUCUGAGACAGCUAAGAGGAGUAGCCCCCUCCACAAGCACCAAGGGCGGGCGCUCCCUCUCCCCAACCACCCCCCUGGAUGUCUCUUCUUCGCCCCUACGGGGAGGCGGCCACGUACAGCCUACACAGCGGAGCAGAUCAACAGUCUGGAGAGGGCCUUCAAGAGGAACGCUUACCUGGGAACUCGGGACAAGGUUGAGCUCUGCAAGAAACUCGACCUCUCAGACAAACAGAUCCGUAACUGGUUCCAGAACAGGCGUAUGAGGAUGAAGAGGAUGGUCCAGGACGCUCUUGCCCAAGCGUGCCAGGCUAAAGUAGCCUCUCACCUGCAGCACUACCCCGAGCUACAUGCCUACCACCCCCAUCAUGCAGGAGCAGGCGCUGCCACCCCAUACCUCCACCCACACUACAGCUCAUCCACAGCCCUACCCAGCCUCCCCCUGGACUCUUUCUACCAGUACUCCUGCCUCCCAGGCCUGGUGAUGCCCACUACUGGGGCCUACCAGCCUUACACUCACCAGUAUUAAAACUUUUGGAUGAUAUCUCAAUAGUCUU